AUGGUAUUCAAUAUUGUAAUAUACCUUUUUUAUCUUAUUCAAUUUUCCUUCGGCAAUGAAUGCCCGUCAUUUAAGUAUUGUAUAUGUUCAUCUGAUCAAACUAUAGUGCAAUGUUCAAAUCGUCAUUUAACUAAUGAACUAUUAUUAAAAAUCAAUAAUCAAUUGCCUAAAUCAACAAUUGUUUUAAAUCUUUCAUCGAAUUCUUUAACAUCAAUUAAAUAUUUACCAAAUUUGAAUUCACUUCAAAUACUUGAUUUAUCAUUUAAUAAAAUUAAAUAUCUACCAUCAAAUAUACUUUCUAAAUUUCCUCGAUUAAUUUCGUUCGAUCUUCAAAAUAAUUCAUUGAAAGCGAUCCCGCAUACGUUUCAGAAAAUUUCAAAUAUAAAUUUGAAUCUAUCAAAUAAUCGAUUUCAUUGUACGUGUCAAUUUAAGCUAUUUAAGACAAAGAACUUUUUCAAAUCUAUUCUCUGUCAAAAUAAUAAACAAUUUGAUGAAAAUGAUUUUUGUCGUGCGAAAAAUUUUCUUCAAAUCUAUCCUCAACAAUCACAAAUCGUUUAUGAAAAUGAACAAUUUAUAUUAAAUUGUUCAUCGAAUCUUCAGCAUUAUUGGACAUUGAAUCACACUUUUUAUCCAUCUACUAUAACAUCAUUUUCAUAUUCAACUGUAAUUAUUCAUCAUGUACGAACGAAUCAUUCAGGAUUAUGGACCUGUCAUAGUUUAGAUUCUAAUCAAUCACUUUGGUUAACUGUAAUAACAACUCCAACGACUUACUUUUGCCCAUCAAAACAAAUGAAUACAUCAAAAGGUUACUUUUAUUGGCCGCGUACAUUAAUGAAUAGAAGAGUUGCAAAAACUUGUCCACAUGGUACUGCAGCAUGGUUGAGAAAUUCAAAUGAAUAUGCUCGAGCAUGGUACACUUGUUCAUCUAGUGGACAAUGGAUCAAUUUUGAUGUAUCACAAUGUGCAUUUCAAACCAAUGUGUCACGAUUAAUGGAUUAUUUAUCAUUCAAUGAAACCAAUGUAUUAUUACGUUUAAGUAAAUAUCUAUCAGAAAUAAAUCAAAAUUAUUUACAAUUAAAUGAUAUUAUUUUAUUAAUUGAUUUAAUUGAUGAACAAAAACAGAAAUAUCAACAUCAAGAUAAAAUCAUUAUAAUUUAUCAUCUAACAGAUUUUAUUUUACAAAUUAAAAAUGAUUUUAUUUAUUCAAAUGAAUAUCAAAAUGCAAUGGGAAGAUUGAGAUCAAUUAUAGAACGUUUAUUAGAUUUUACGAAUCCAUCUUGGUUAUAUAUAGGAAAAGAAUUAACUGCCGUUACAGUCCAAUCAUUAGUAUCAUGUGCAGUACCAAAUCGAUCACUGUUGACAAUUAUUUGUAACAUUGAUCAUCAAUCUCAUCAGUCUCAAUUAGUAACAAUUCAAUUUUCAUCUGAUUCAAAUAAAACAGAGCAAUACUCUUUGUUCCGUAUUAUUGUUUAUCGUCAAUCAACAUUGUUUACACCGAAUACAGUAGGAAUGAAUAACAAUCCAGUUGUUUAUAUACGACCAGUCUCAAGAAAUGUUUUAUCUACAAUUAAUUUAACAUUUUAUGGCCAAUCAGAUAAAUCAUCGAUUGGAGUAUGGUAUUCAAAUCAAUCAAACUGGGAAAUGAACUCGUCGAUUUGUAAAAUCGACAGACAAGACGCUAAUUUUACGUCAACAAAUUGUAUUCUAUUGAAUAAUGAUUCAUUAUCAGUCACAUACUUUAAUAAUAUAAAUAAUUCGAAAAAAUUACUUAUCUAUACAAAUUAUUCACAACUUCCUAUAUAUAUUUCGUCAAUAAUAGGAUCAAUUUGUUUUUUUAUAUCAAUUCUUGUUUGUACUUGCUAUUCUGAAGUUUAUCAAAUGUCAAGAUCUGUUUUUCAUUGUUUAAUUAAUUAUUGGCUGAGUCUUGGAAUUUUACUACCAUUGUUUGCAUUCGGUUUACAAAAAAAUCAAUUAAAACUUUUAUGCGAAUUUAUAGCUCUCACUCUUCAUUAUCUUUGUUUAACAACAAUAAUUUGGUUAACAUUAUUAACUUAUGCUAUUUGGAGUAAACAAUCGAUUAAAUCGACCAACAAAGAUGCUCAAAGGCAAUCGUCUUCAUCAAUGAUUAAUGAUCAUGCAUCAAAAAUGAAAUCAAAAUCGAAACCUGUCAUUCAAUUUUAUUUAUUAGCAUAUGGAACAGCAUUAAUCAUUUGCUGUAUGAAUAUUGCUGUAUCACAUCAACAUUAUAUGAUAAAUGACAUAUGUUUCUUCAAUGAUUUUUAUUCAAUUCUCAUAUUAAUUAUAUCAAUAUUUAUCUUUAUUUUUCUUUUACUUUUCUUUCUCUUAUCUACUCAUAAUCGUAUAAGACGUUUAAAAACUGAAACAAAUCAUUCAGAUAUAUCAAGAAUUAAAAAUAAUAAUAUGUCAUUAUCGAAAUCAAAUGAAGUUUCAGCAAUUCUAAAAUUAUCCAAUCAAAAUAAUGAAUAUAUUUUAGCAAAUAUGAAUGACCAACAUGAGUCAAUCAAUCAAUUACUAUCGAUAUUAUUUCAAUUAAUUCUACUUAUAUUUCUAUUACUAUCAAGUUUAGCUAUUUAUCUACACCCAUUAAAGUUAUUUAAAUUACGUUUUGAACAUUUUAUCUAUGGUCACUUAUAUGGAGGUUUUGUUUUAAUUCUAUCAUUUUAUAUACUUUCAUUUUAUGUUUUAUUAAAUUUUGAUUUAAUAAGACGAUAUUAUUCUAAAUGUAAAAAGUCUGAUCAUCCCUCAGAGCAAUCAUACGUCGAACGACCAGCACCAUCCAUUAAUACGAGAGUAAAUUACGACUAUGACGUUCCUUCAUUUGCAGAAGAAAAUUCUAUGUCGCGAUCAUCGCCUUCAAACUGUUCAUCAUGUGCAAAUUGUUCGAAAACAUCACAAAAUUUGGAAAGAAUAUCCACUGGUGAUAGUUAUAUAGACGAUGCCAAACAUCUUACUAUAGUUGGAUCAGAGAACUAUGUUUGCCGUCGGCAUGUAAUAAAUACUGAUGAAAUAAAUUCGUCACUAAAUAUUCUACAUAAGAAAUUACCGCGAUCAUCAUUCGAUGUCCUAUUGUCAGACAAUGAUGAUGCACAACAAUUCGAAAAUAAUUCAUUCAAUGAAGAAAUUCAACAAAAUUCAGUUGAUAGUCCCAUCGAAUUUUACAGUGGAAACACUAAAAAUACUCAAUUUCAAUUAUUUUCUACGGCUUUGCCUCGAUCAUGUACUCAUCCGAAAGCAUCCUCUGCUCAAGCCAUUAUUCGUGUAAUCCCCAUUAUUCAUUUCUCUACCUCAAAUAUAAAUGGAAGCCUUUCAAAUUCUUCAAAUACCAUUCAGCCCGAUGAUCAAGUAGAUCUAUCAAUAGAACAGAAUGAACUUAUUAAAAAUGCUCGAAUUUCUUAUUCUAUACCGGCAUCAUCAUUUGCUAACGAAUACGAUCCUACAUAUUUUUGUUUAAAUAAAACUGAUAAUCUAAUUCAACAAAAAUUAUCGUCCAAUGAAAAAUUAUCAAAUGAAAAAAAAACUGUCUCUGAUCAUGCGGAACUUGCAUACAUUGAUCAAGAUGAUGACCUGAGUGUUUCAUUAAAAUCAUCAUUCUAUGAGUCAAUAGCAUCAUUAAAUACCUUAAUCAACAAAAAUGAUUACCCACAAACAUUAUCAUAUGCAUCGAACCUUUCAGAUGAAUUGGGCAAUGGCGUUAUUCAUGCCAAUAAAAACCUUUUAAAUGAAAGUAGUGUAUAA